AUGUCUUUUAAAGAAAACAAGAGCAAGACUUCUUAUGGUUCGUACGACAAAGCACAACCGGAUACCGGUGCAUCGAUUUCUAUUAUCCUUGACCCUGAAAAAGACAUCCAAGAAAUAUCAGGCGUACUACACACGUAUUGGCACAUGAAACAAAGACAGUGGAACCGAAAGAUUACGACCACAUUCACCAAUGCGGGCAAGACAUUCAGUGUGUUGUACUCCAUAUGUAUUGCUAUGGUAUUUGUGGUAUACCUCAUCACACAAAUUCUUAUACUCAAACGACACAAUCAAUUUAUAGUUGAGUUUGUGUUGGUUGGUGUCUGUUCACUUGGGUGUAUUUGUUUUGGCCCACGAUUUCAAAUCAAGUACAGAAUUGCGCUAACAGAAGGUUAUAUCUUUUUGGUCGUGUUUUUCUUACUCUCGUGGUAUUAUCAACCGGGGUAUUACAUACCGUAUUUGUUUGCGUGUGUGUUAUUUGUGUUGUUUUCCGUGUUCGUGUAUUCAACGGAAUUACGGCUGAAGAGGUUUUAUAUCAGUCAGAUUCGCCGCGAGACAAAUCCAAUCAAAAAGAUUAUUCAAGAAGAUACGGUUCGAUACGAAAUUCAACAACAACAAACGUUUGGAUCGCCGCAUCUAUGUGUUUUGGAGAGUAAGGUGAGUGGGUAUGUCGAGGGUGAAUCACUUUGGAUUGACACGUCGGACCAAGGCGAAUUUGUCACGGGGUGGUUUGAAGGGGGUGAACCGGUUGGCCCGUUUGAGUCGAUUGAGAGUGGGACGCGUAAUGUGCUUCACAGUCUCCGCAUCAUAUUUGCGACAAAUGCGGUGGGCAAAUACACCAACCACAGACAACCCCUUCAUUAUGGUGUAGCUGGUGUGGAGUGUAAUGUCUCAGGUAAUUUUUAUUUGGGGUAUCCUCGAUGUAGAUUUAUUAAUGGGCCAAAUCUGUGUACAUGCGAAGGGCCGUGCCACUGUUUAUCGAAUCAGUUCCAAUAUUACAAACACUCUGACGACAACAAACCAAUUGAAACAAUCACGCUGAGUGUUGACCCAUUAAACAAUUUGUCAAUCACCGGGUUUCAAGGAGAUGUUGAUGACAUUCAAUUGAAUUGGGAAAACAACACAAUCGCAGUGGAUGAGCGUUGGAAGCCGAUCACAGAAGACUCUCGCGAAGCUUUGAUAUACAUUCAUGGGUUGAACCAUACAUUGGUCGACGCACUCAAGCGGUUGGGGCAAUUACUUGCACUUGGCCAUUUCCCCAAACACAUUAUUCCCUUUGUGUUUUCAUGGCCGUCGUGUUCAAACCCGUUUUUAUAUUGUUGUGCUGCAAACGUGUCUUCUGACAAUGCAGUACACCGCGAUUUAAGGCGAUUCAUGUAUUCCCUGAAAAACACCAAAAUCAAGAAAAUCCAUUUCUUGGCGCAUUCCCUUGGUACGAGAUUCUUCAUGCAAAGCUUCUCGAUGUUAAAAGAGUUGUUUGCUCCAACGGAGGACUUCGGGAAGGAACACAACUUACUUGAAGUGCACAACCUGAUUCUCUUAUCUGGGGACUACGAAGCUUUGACAUUUGUCGACGACUACCCCGACUUUAUUCCAUACAUAAAACAUGUAUCGCUCUAUGCAGACUCAAGGGAUAUGGCGUUGAUGUCUUCCAAUUUUUUGCUCCGAGGAAUACGAAUCGGACAGAACGUCACAGUCUUCAAAGACAUGAAUGGGAAGAAGCUUGAAGACAUUGACGUGAUAGACACUGGUGACUUGGAACGAAACAUCGACGGCGCAACACAUGGUUUUUUUAAUAUAAACACUUCGAUGAUUGAAGACCUUCAAGAAGUCAUUUGCACGGGAAAAACCGCGUCACAAAGAACAAACAGACUUGUUGAGAAGAAUGGCGUGUUCCACUUCACGCUCCUCCCAAGAAGCGUCAAGAUGUAG